AUGAAAUAUGAUAAACAAAGUAUACUAGACUGUAAUAAAAAUAUAAAGAAAUUAUGGGAUAAGAUAAAUAGUUUACUGGGUAAUGAAAGAAAAUCACUAGACGACUUAAUACUUUCUAAUAUGAGAAACCAAGGUAGUGUAAAAGAAAUUUGUGAUAAGUUUGCUGAUAACUUUUUAAGUGAAGUCGACCUCAUAAGGCACACAUGUACGGAAAAAUGGUUAGUGAGGGACAAUUACGUGGACAGACCUGACGUAUGUAUGAGAUGGCAACCGGUCUGUAGUGGAGAAGUCAAACGUGUUAUUAAUCAAUUAGAUAAAAAUAAAUCGCCGGGAACUGAUCUCGUACGGAUGUCAGACUUAAAGUUAGUUGUUGACAAAAUAAGUCCUGUCAUAGCUAAUAUAGUUAACUUGUCGGUAAAGCACCAUAGAUAUCCGAAUAAAUUAAAAGAAGCUAUAAUUCGUCCAGUCCAUAAAAAGGGUGAUCGUAAAUUUUUUUCAAACUAUAGACCAAUUGCUAUAUUAUCUAGUAUUGAUAAAAUUAUGGACGAAUGUGGCGUGGGACAACCGUUAAACCAGUGGUUCCGUGACUAUCUUGCAUCACGCAUUUUCCGUGUAAAGGUUGGUGACACGUUUAGUGAGGCGACUGAGGUGAGGUGCGGGGUGCCACAAGGCUCGGGAUGUGGGCCUAUUUGCUACUUACUGUAUGUUAACAGCUUAUGUGACGUACUUCAGCAUAGCUCUGCAUACAUGUUCGCAGAUGACCUAUGUACAUUACGUGCUGGCACUAAUCUCAUGGAGACAUGUCACCAUUACAGCAAGACAUAG